AUGCAUGCAAUUCUGCAAGGACUACGAUUACGCAAAACUCCUCAAUUUCACGGCCUGCGGAGAACAUGGUCAAGAGAAUCAAAGCAAAUCGAUUCAAGAAACACGGUCGGUAUUAAUUCAAUUCAAGAAACUCCAUCUUCGACACAGGAAGCUUUUCUCUUCCAGUUGCUUCACUACUCUUUGAUUGUGUUCUUCAACUUUGAUUGUGAAUCGCAAGUCAAGAUUAUCUACAAACACUUGUGUGUCUUUGAGGCUGCUAACUAUUUAAACAUCAAGAACUUGCUUGAUCUUACAUGUCAGACUGUAGCAGACAUGAUCAAGGGAAAGACACCUAAGGAGAUCCGCAGGACCUUCAACAUUAUGAAUGACUUCACUCCAAAGGAAGUGGAGGAAGUUCGUCGUGAAAACCAGUGGACUUUUGAAUGA